CUUCGAAUGAAGAAAAUAAAAUGAUGAAAUCAAUAUUAGAAACAACUAAACAAGUAUUGAUGCAAAAUAUUUCAAUCAUAGAAAAACAAACAGCUCUUGAGGGUAUGAUUACUCAAUUAGCCUGUGAUGUCAAAGCAUUACAAACUUUACAUGAAAAUUUCAAGUCAAAUAUGGGAGAUCGUAUCAAAAAUGCUAUAGAUAAUUGGCUUUAUCCCAAUGAUAAAAUCUAUGAGCAGGCUAUUCGAAAAGAACUUGAAACUCUUUGUCCUGACAAAAUGGUCUGGUAUAAGAGUAAUUCCAAAUAG